AUGAUUGUCUUUGCCGCCAACAAGGCUUCGGAGGUUGUGGCCAACGUGCCGCUCCCGGGUGUCUUCACCGCCCCCAUCCGCCCUGACGUUGUCCACCACGUCUACCGCGACAUGGCCAAGAACCGCCGCCAGGCUUACGCCGUUCACUCGGCUGCCGGUCACCAGGUUGCCGCCAUCUCGUGGGGCACUGGCCGCGCUGUCUCGCGUAUCCCGCGUGUCAACGGUGGUGGUACCCACCGUGCCGGCCAGGGUGCCUUCGGUAACAUGUGCCGUGGCGGUCGGAUGUUCGCCCCGACCAAGACCUGGCGCAAGUGGCACCGCAAGAUCAACCUCAACCAGCGCCGCUUUGCCCUGGUGUCGGCCAUCGCUGCCUCGGCGGUCGCCCCGCUGGUCAUGGCCCGUGGUCACCGCGUCGAGAAGGUCGCCGAGAUCCCGCUCGUCCUCUCCAACGACGUCGAGUCGGUGAAGAAGACCAAGGAGGCUGCUGCCAUCCUCGCCGCCCACGGCGCCCACGCUGACGUCGACCGCGUCAUCGCCUCGCGCCGCCUUCGUGCCGGCAAGGGUAAGAUGCGGAACCGCCGCUACGUCCAGCGCCGCGGCCCGCUUGUCAUCUACCUCAACGACAACGGUGUCUCGCGCGCCUUCCGCAACCUGCCGGGUGUCGAGACCUGCUCCGUCGAGCGCCUCAACCUCCUCCAGCUUGCCCCGGGUGGCCACAUCGGCCGCUUCGUCAUCUGGUCGCAGGCUGCCUUUGAGCACCUCGAGGCCCUCUACGGCUCGCAGACUGCCCCGUCGACCCUCAAGAACAACUACCACCUGCCGCGCGCCAUCCUCAGCUCGACCGACAUCUCGCGUAUCAUCAACUCCGAGGAGAUCCAGUCGGUUGUCCGCCCGGCCAAGCAGGGUGUCAAGCUCAACAUCCACCGCCGCAAGAACCCGCUUGUCAACAACACCCAGAUGUACGCCCUCAACCCGUACGUCAUCGCCCGCAAGCGCGCGAUCAUCAAGGCUGCCGAGGCCCAGAAGGCCGGCCGCAAGGUCUCGCAGAAGAAGAAGCGCUUCGCCACCCAGGAGAAGGCCCAGGCCGCUGCCCGGGCCAAGCGUGCCUUCUACCGCCAGAUGGUCGGCUACCGCGCCUAA